AGCUAAAAAAAGCUAAGCAUCUCAUUUUCACACUCUCUCUCUUCAUUAUCUAUCCCCUUCUCAAUCUAAAACCUCUGGGGUUCUUCUUUCUUUGUUAAGGAUGACAUCUUUGCUCCCAAAUCCCGACCCGAUUACUAUACCCCUCGUCUUCAAGCUCUGCUCCUUUCCUUCGCCGCGGAGGCUCUUCUCUCUCAGGCUCAGGCUCAGGCUCAGGCGCUCCUCCAUCACCCGAAACUCAUCAUCUCUUCCUCCGCUGGUGGUCACUGUUUCCUCUCUCUCCGCUACUGCCGCAAAACCUACCAGAUGGAGAGAGAAGCCAGAGUUAGCGGAAAGCGACUCAAUUUCCCUCCUCAACGAGAGGAUUCGGCGUGACCUCGGCAAGAGAGAGACCGCUAGGCCAGCCAUGGACUCUGAGGAGGCCGAGAAGUACAUUCAUAUGGUCAGGGAACAACAAGAGAGGGGUUUGCAGAAGCUCAAAGGAUUUAGGCAAGGUACAGAGGCUGCUGGUGCGGGUGGUUUUAGCUACAAGGUUGACCCUUACAGUCUCCUUUCCGGUGAUUAUGUGGUGCACAAGAAAGUAGGCAUUGGGCGUUUUGUUGGGAUAAAAUUUGAUGUCCCCAAGGAUUCCUCAGAGCCCCUCGAAUAUGUCUUUAUAGAGUAUGCAGAUGGCAUGGCCAAGCUUCCCCUCAAACAGGCCUCACGUUUGCUCUACCGAUACAAUCUUCCAAAUGAGUCCAAACGGCCUCGGACUUUGAGUCGGCUGAGUGACACUAGUGUUUGGGAAAGAAGAAAGACCAAAGGAAAAGUAGCAAUUCAGAAAAUGGUCGUUGACUUGAUGGAGCUAUAUCUUCAUAGGCUUAGACAGAAGAGAUAUCCUUAUCCAAAAAACCCCAUCAUGGCUGAUUUUGCUGCUCAAUUUCCUUAUAACGCUACACCCGACCAGAAGCAGGCUUUCUUGGAUGUUGAGAAGGAUUUGACAGAGAGAGAAACACCUAUGGACCGAUUGAUCUGUGGAGAUGUUGGGUUUGGUAAAACUGAGGUUGCUCUACGAGCCAUCUUUUGUGUGGUUUCAGCUGGAAAACAAGCUAUGGUUUUAGCACCGACUAUUGUAUUGGCGAAGCAACAUUACGAUGUAAUCUCAGAGCGGUUUUCCUUGUAUCCACAAAUCAAAGUGGGCCUUUUAAGUCGGUUUCAGACUAAAGCAGAAAAGGAGGAGUAUUUGGAAAUGAUAAAAAAUGGACAUCUCAAUAUCAUUGUGGGCACUCACUCACUUCUCGGGAGCCGUGUUGUGUACAGUAACUUAGGCCUCCUUGUGGUUGAUGAGGAACAGAGAUUUGGGGUCAAGCAGAAAGAAAAGAUUGCAUCUUUCAAAACAUCGGUGGAUGUGCUUACAUUAUCCGCAACACCCAUACCAAGGACACUGUACUUAGCUUUGACUGGAUUCCGGGAUGCCAGUCUAAUCUCCACACCGCCUCCGGAGAGGAUUCCAAUAAAAACACAUCUUUCGUCAUUCCGUAAGGAAAAGGUGAUAGAAGCAAUAAAAAACGAGCUGGAUCGUGGUGGCCAAGUUUUCUAUGUCUUGCCUCGGAUUAAGGGACUAGAAGAAGUGAUGGAUUUUCUUGAAGAAGCAUUUCCAGAUAUUGACAUUGCUAUGGCACAUGGAAAGCAAUACUCGAAACAACUAGAGGAAACGAUGGAGAGAUUUGCGCAAGGAAAGAUCAAAAUCCUCAUAUGUACUAAUAUCGUUGAAAGUGGACUUGAUAUUCAAAAUGCAAAUACCAUAAUCAUUCAGGAUGUUCAACAAUUUGGGCUCGCUCAGUUGUACCAG